GCCGAUCCUGUUCUUCAACUUCCGGUUUCUGCACUGUGCAACUAUUACAGUUGCAUUUUUUAUUAACGAUGCCAAGUACUUGUUGUUGUGUACCUGGAUGUCAUUUAAGAGGAGGACAUGCAUUUCCAAAUGACUUAAAAAGAAGGAAAAGUUGGAUCAACGCCAUGGCCCAUACGCAGAUUGGACGAGAACACGAUGAAAUCGUGGAGUCCAUCUCAAUCAGCUGUUGUUUGCAAGGCACAUUUUACUGAAAAAGACUACGUGCAGGAAACUAUUCAUGGGUGCAAACCCACCAUACAGAGACCUAAGUCUACUGCCAUUCCCAGCCUAUUUUCCUGGACUAAGCAAGAGACUGAAUCGUCCGCAAAAAGAAAAAUCAGGGCAGUUUCCUGUGAAAACAAAAGAACUAAACUUGAUGAAUAUUGUAGUAGAAAUCUAGAGGAAAGUUUUGAUUGUAAAGUUGGUUUUCCUGAAGAAGUCAUUCAUACUGCAGACAUGAUUUAUGACUGUCCACCACCAACUGCCGAGCUAAUGUUGAGCUUCACAGAUGGAAUUACGCAAACACCAUCAAUGCCUAUAUUUUCAGCAGAGAAUUUUGAAAUGAAGACACGUGACACAGCCAUGCAUUUAUAUACCGGUUUAGAGUUGUAACUUGUAUACUAAAUUUUUAUUUGUUUUGACCACACUUGGUCCAGCAGCACAUUGUUUGAGAUACAUAUAUUUUCAAAUUGAUAGGGUGUCAUUUGAAAAUCAGUUUUUUUAUGACUUUGAUGAAAUUGAGGCAUUAUACAACCAACUUUGAACUGUCUAGAUUCUAGAUUGAAACUAGUGUUAAGAAUAUUGUGUAAACAUGGAUUGUUUUUAUGUCUAAACAGUGGCGUGAGGCUAACACUUGGCCAUUUAGUGGUUUAGUCAGGUAUUUUUCGCCAUCCAACUUCAAAUUAAAGUUUCCUACAACUUGGAUUAUUAUUGACAGCACAGAAUAUCCCGUGAUAAAACCUAAAGCUCCUAGAGCUCAGGCAACCUUUUCAUCAUAUAAAAACAGAAACACUGAAAAUACUUGUAUGUUCGACUCCUGGUGGUUUAGUCAACUAUGUCUCUAAUGCAUAUGUUGGUUGUACCAGUGACUGUGAAAUAGUUGAAAGAUGUAGAAUAGUUCAAUUAUGUGAUCCAGGUGACAGUGUGAUGGCAGACAAAGGUUUAAAUGUGCAUGAUUUGUUUGCUCACUUUUUUCAAAAAAAGAAACAGAAUUAGUUCCAAAACUCUUAUACGGGAUAGAAAAGUCUCCAAUUAACACGUGCACAUAGAGCUAAUUAUUGGACUUGGCAAAACAUACAAAAUUCUAAUAAAUCCUAUGAAUGGAACUGAAACAAAACUUUCAUCUGAAAUAACAUUUAGUUGUUUUAUGUUGUGUAAUUUUAGAACUUGUAUUGUGCCAAAGGAUGCAUAAAUAAAAGUGACGCAAUGAAGUUUGUUCUGAUAUAUAUAUAUAAAUAUUAUUUACAAUUACAUGCACAUGUAAAUUGUAAUGCAUAUAAAAAUAAGGAGAUGUGGUAUGAUAUUCAGUGAGUUUAUCGAACCAAAGUGCAUAAGAAAUGGGUAAAGCAGUUACAGGUGUUACUGUCACCGUGCAAUCUCCAACAAUUAGAAAAACUUGUACCGUGUAAAAAAUUUCAGAGAUCUUACAACUAAGUUUUGUUGUCUCACCUUGACUUUGGUGAAUUGUUU